UAUCACAUCUUAACAGUCAGUGAUGAUAUAUUGUGAUAGUGUGUAAGAAACAUGGGGAACUGUCCGACUUGCUCUUAUAGCGGUGGGUAUUCGAUUAGUAACGGUAAAAUCAUUUCAACUAUUGGUGAUGGACAUGUGCCCAUUCAAGAUAAAUCCAACUCAAAUGGCAACCCCGUGAAAGUAGUAUAUUUUGAUUCAAUGACUUCAAUGGCAGGUAAGAAGAACGAUGUUGCUGAUGAUGCGGAGAUAAAACCAGACCAAGACACAACAGAGACUGAUAGCGAUGUUCAGCUUAGGAAAAAUUCAAAGACUUCUGAAGAGAGAAGACCAGCUGUAUUCUCAGAGAUCGUGAAAUUUGAUGAGAAUGACGAUAUAACACUGCCCUCGUAUCCCAAAAGCCCUGAGGAUGAGCAGCUUAUUAGAGAUGCAAUAGGAAGAAACGACUUUCUAAGCAAGAUUAUAUCAGGAACACGACUGGACGAUGUAGUUCCAGCUUUCUAUAUGAAAGAAGUGUCAGCAAAAGAAACUGUUAUCAAACAGGGUAACGAAGGCUAUCACAUGUAUAUUUCAAUAUCGGGCAAGUACCAGAUCAUUGUGAAUGGUAAAAUAACGGAGCAGUUCGACGAUGUAAGAGUUUUUGGGGAGCUGGCAAUUCUUUACAAUGCUAAAAGAAUGGCAACAAUAAAAGCAAUCACAGAAGGAAAGGUGUGGGUCCUGGAUAGCAAUGUAUACCAAAAAAUCACUCAAAAGCAUAAUAUCAAAGAAGCGGAUGAAAUCAUGCAAUUUUUAUUAAACAACAAAACUCUGAAUGUCAUAGGAAAGGAUGCAUUGCAGAUUAUGUCAACUUCUUUAAAAACAGAAAAGUUUUUGCCCGGUGCAGUAAUUGUUAAACAAGGAGAUAAAGGAAACAAAUUCUACAUAAUCCGAGCUGGCACAGUGACAAUCACUAAAGAUGGAGAAGGUGUAGUAGGAGUUUAUAAGAAAGGCGACUGCUUUGGAGAAAUAGCACUACUAAAAGAAGACUGCCGAAAAGCCACGGUAACAGCUGAUCAACCCAUGGUUGAAUGUUUGACCCUGGCUAGGAAGGAGUUCAUAGACAUAUUCGGGGAAAUGGGCGAAAUAUUCCAGUACGUUUAUGUUGAUAAGCCCAAAUCGUCUAUAACUGAAGCACGAGUGGAGUACGAAGACGUAGAUUUGAAUGAUGAUUUGGAUCUCGUUGGGACUCUAGGCGUUGGUGGAUUUGGCAGGGUAGAGCUUGUACGACAUAAACAGAGGGCAGAAUUGCAAUUUGCACUGAAAUACAUCAAGAAAGUAGACAUAGUCAGAAUGGCGCAACAGGAACAUGUAUUCAACGAGAAAAACCUACAGAUGAAAUGUCGUUCACAAUUCAUCGUUAGAUUGUACAGGACAUACAAGGACAAGAAAUACAUAUACUUUUUAAUGGAAGCUUGUCUGGGAGGAGAAUUAUUUAAUGUAUUACAUAAACAAAAGAAUAAGCGAUUUGAUGAAGAUAGUGCUAAAUUCAUAUGUGCGUGCGUUUUGGAAGCCUUUGACUAUCUCCAUUCUAGGGGCAUAAUGUAUAGAGACUUGAAGCCAGAAAACUUAGUAUUUGCACGCAAUGGCUAUAUCAAAUUAACUGAUUUCAGCUUUGCGAAAGAAAUUGUUGAUAGACAUAAGACAUAUACUUUUGCGGGAACCCCCGAAUAUGUAGCACCUGAGAUAGUACUGAAUAAGGGACAUGACAGAGCCGUAGACUACUGGGAGUACGGAAUAUUUGUUUUCGAAAUGCUCACAGGAAAAACACCAUUCCGUUCAAACGAUCCAAACAAUUACAAAACUUACACGAAGAUAUUGAGUGGAAUUGAAAGUGUGCAGUUUCCUACAUACAUGGGAAUUAGGCCGAGAAAUCUGAUUGAAAAGUUGUGUAAAACGGUACCAUCAGAACGUUUGGGCAUGCAAAGAGGCGGUGUGAAAGACAUAAAAAACCACAAAUGGUUUUCCGGCUGGGAUUGGCAAACUUUCAAAAAUUGUGAAAUACCAUCCCCAUUCAGGUCAGCCUUAAUCAACAGUAAUGGAAUAACAAACUUCCCGAAGUACCCGAAGGAUUACGAUAUUCCUGAAGAUGAAACUAGUGGCUGGGAUGAGCAUUUCUGAUUCCGACAAAAAACAACGAUGCAGGGAGUUUUUUACGACUUGAAUAAUGCUAAAUGAGCGAUUCAAAAAAAUUUCAUAUCAAUGAGAGAACGACAAACUUUUUAUAAUGAUAAUUCCAUUUUAUGCUGUUCAAAAAGUAUUUCAAACUCUAGCAUGUUCACACAUCAAAAACGUGUGGCACAAAUGGCAUAAUUUUUCUGAGACGCGAAUGGUGAAAUAUCCAACCAUCUACUUACGCAGAGAUCAUUUAACGAUUAUGAGUUUGAAAAGCCAGUUAAUAAACAUCAGUAUAUCUUGUACUUGUAGAUAGAUACAGGAUCCGCCGAGGUUCCUUGUGUAUUUAAUGUUUACAAGCGAGAUGUAGGUAUGUUAGAGCGAGAGCGCGAUUAAAGCGUCACCAAGGACGCAACCAAGGGAAGGCAAGGGGAGUAGCUGCCUCCUUUUCCCUAGCUCGGCAAAAAUUAAAUGGAGAGAACAUGUUUUACAAAAAUUAAAUUAUUCAUGUACAGGGUUCUCCACAACCUGAACCAUCUAUUAGAUGAGAAAUUAUUAGGAUUUUUUUUAGGAAUUACUAAAAGCAUAUGUUACGUGUGUUUCAAAUUCGAACAUCGCAUUUGGGAUUGCGGAAACGGUAAAGCUAAUGUCGCACGAUCAUUAUUUAUUGUGGUCCGUACCAUCAGUGAUUUCUGCUUAACAUUAUGCAUCAACAAUUACUGACGCAUAAAUAUACGACGAGGAGUACUUUAUGAGGGCAAGUUUAGAAAUUCAAAGUAUUUCCGAAGUCGUUUUUAUUUUUUCCUGGCUUUAGUCCGAAACAAAACUUCCACAUUUAAAACAAAUUACACAGUAACAUUAUAACUUUCUCUUCUACACGGUGGCAUAAUUAGAAUUUCGAUCUGACGUUACAGCUCUCAGUUUUUUUAAAUUAUAUUGUUUUCGAUGCCUUCAUGAUUACCCUUAAAUAAUAUCUAAUAAUAUCUAUAAAUGAGUUACAUUAUGUUGUUCCUCAUUCGAUGUGUUUAGACCACCUAUAUGAAGUUAGACACUCGAAGUUUUUUAUAUCAAUGUGUAACAUGUAACAAUUCUAUGAUAUAAAUGACUAAAGCUUAAUUUCAAGACUUACUCAAAAAAAGUUAUAAUAAUUAUAACACAUUAAAAGCUAUUCGCAUAUGCAAGAAUGGCAUACAUAAGAAAAAUCAAAGUCAAUGUUUUUUUUGUGAUACCUUGCAGAGAUCAAAAAGUGGCAAUGUCAAUUUGCAGUUCAUUUUGAAAUGCUAUCUCAAAUAAUAUAUAAACUUAGAAACAAUUUUGGGAAAAAUUCGUUCCCUUUUCCAUGUAUCUCUGGAUAUAAUGGACGCGUCAAAACUUUUCAAAUGCAUUUUCUAAAAUAUAUGAAUGCGCAACUUUGUCACCAUUUAACCGACCCGUAUCUCUUACUGUUUCAGAGAUGACAAUGGUGAAAAUGUAACAAAUUUCUUUUUCACAUUUGGCUCUUUGACGAAAUUUCAAGUAAUUGUAGACAAACAACGAAUAAAUAUGGAUAAAGAGAAAUUAUUACCGAAAAAACUUCUUCCUUUGAAGUGGCAUAUUAGUAUAUACUAAAAGAUACGGCGUUCCAUUUGUAAUGUUUUGUCGGUAUGAAUCAACCUGUAGGGAACGGUAUAUUCCAAGUAGUCCACAAUUCUUGUAAAUGAACAAUUUUUCGCAAAAACCAAUUGACUGUUGCAUCAAACUGGACAUACCCAUUUAGAAGGUGUUUUAAUCCCUUUCCCACUUUCUUCUAUAGACUUUGAAGUUUGAUAUAAAAAUUACCCAGAAUUUUUUAUCUCGGCAUGAGGGGCCUUUGCAUUCACUCUAAAGAAUAUAUAAAUCCUUCUGUACAAUUUCUUUUACAACAGGUUUAAAUGUCUCAACUAGUUUUCCAUAUCCAUAUACAUUGUCAAAUCAUCGUGGAAAACUAUGUAUAAAUGAAAUGCAAAUAGAAAGAAAAUUAUCAAGCAUAGUUAUGUGGAUAUGGUUUGUAGAACUUGCACCAAAACAUUAUUUGAAGCUUCCAUUUUGAGCCGAGUACGCCCUUGCUCAUCACCAUGACAUGUGUGGAUGUUUCAUCCACGCUCUCGUUCUAAAAUACGCUAUCUCACUUGUACACAUUAAAUAGGGGACAGCAAUGAUUCUCUACCGAUUCUGUAUAUUUGAUGGGCUACAGCAAUCAGACAAUGUAGAUAUUGAAAAUACGGUGCUAUUUUUUCCUAUUGUAUUUACAAAGUACAUUUUAUUAAAAUAAAUAUUCUUCUACAAAUACCUA